GGCUGACACCGCUGCCUGGCCAAUGAGUUGAGCAGGUGGAGCUAAUCCAUCCAUUCCCGGCCAAACUGGGAGGUGGUGGAGAAAAGCAAGCCUGCAGUCUGCUUACUUCUGGGCUCCUGGAUUCAAGGUCCAUGCGUUUUAUUCCUCUGAAUAAUAAUAUUCCUCCGAGUUUUCCUGUGAUUUUUCACCCAUCCCCCAAUGGGUUCCUUAGUUGCCAAGCUUCUUCUCCCAACGAUCAGCAGCCUGGUCUUCCUCCCGACCAUCAGUAUUGCAGCCAAGCGAAGAUUCCACAUGGAAGCCAUGGUUUAUUUCUUCACUAUGUUCUUUGUUGCGAUUUACCAUGCAUGUGAUGGACCUGGUUUGUCAGUGCUGUGUUUCAUGCGAUAUGAUAUCCUGGAGUAUUUCAGCAUCUACGGGACGGCUUUGUCCAUUUGGGUAUCGCUGAUGGCUCUGGCAGAGUUCGAUGAGCCUAAAAGGUCGACCUUUGUGAUGUUCGGCGUGCUCACUAUAGCAGUGAGGAUUUACCAUGAUCGAUGGGGAUAUGGCGUCUACUCGGGACCAAUCGGGACGGCCGUCCUUGUGAUAACCGUGAAAUGGCUGCAGAAGAUGAAAGAGAAGAGAGGCCUGUACCCAGACAAGAGCGUCUACACGCAACAGAUAGGCCCAGGCUUCUGCUUUGGGGCGUUAGCGCUCAUGCUGAGAUUCUUUUUUGAGGAGUGGGAUUACACCUACGUGCAUAGCUUCUACCAUUGUGCUUUGGCCAUGUCCUUUGUCCUGUUGCUGCCCAAGGUGAACAAGAAGGCAGGGAAUGCAGGAAACCCAGCCAAACUGGAUUGCUCCACUCUCUGCUGCUGCGUGUGACAAGAUUCUCCCCCUGCCUGGAGACUGGGGCAUCUGUAUCUCAACAGACACCUGUUCACCACCUGGAAGGACCGUACAAAAGUUAUGCAGCCCUCGCUCUUUAUUCCAGUCGGGAUCAUGACCAGAAACAAGCUGCCAGCUGUGAAGCUUUUUUUCCUAUGAUGGAAAAGAAUUCCACUGCCACUCCCCACACCAAAAUGCAGGUUGUUACAAAUUUUUAAUUUGCUGAUGAACAAAACUGGUCCUAUUCAACCUGAAAGGCCUUGUCUCUUGGCCAUCAUUCAUACCAGAAGCUUCCAUGUGUCCAUGUAGCCAGCUGAUAACUUUCUCCGUAACUGUGUGUAUAUUCCCCAAAGAGAAACUUUUGUCCACCUUAGAGAAGUUCUGGCUGGCAAGUGAUCCUGUCCAUUGGCUACUGAGUAAAUCCAGCAGGUCUUUG